UUUAAAGGGGCCGCGCCUGCAGAGUCGGCCUGAAUGCUAACGGUGUUGGUGCGGAGUGGACCCCGGCUGCGGCCCUUGGGUGUUUCCGCACCGGUAGCCAGGUGUGCCCUGGGGUGGAAGAGGACCUGCCACCCAGGAAUUUUCCAAGAAACGAAGCCUCCAGGAUUCCUUCCCCCGACCCCCGAAUUUCCAUUAAUACUCAAGCGGUGUCCGAAACAUCCUCAGCUUCCCAAAAAAAUCCCAGUAAUAUUCCAGCAUGUCUCAGUAUCUUCCAAGGAGACAGGACGCCCUCCCCAGGCCCGCACUCAUAAGCACCCCAGGAAUGUACCCACCCACCUCCUGGUUUUCCCAGCAGUAGUCCUGUAAUCUUCAGAAUCUCUCAGUAACUUUCCAGUACCCUCCCACCCCCACCCCAGUAAUCCCAGCGUCCCUGGUUACGCCUCCCAGCAAUGGCGCCAGCAUCGGUCCCGGAGUCCCAGUGAUGCUCCGUGCCAUAAAGCCCCCGUAACUUCACUACUACGUGGUAGUAAAUCUCCAGCAAAACCUGGCAGCGCCUUGCAAAUCCACGCCACCCCAAGCAUCCCAGGACUCUUCUGAAACAGGGCAGUGACCCAGAAGGAAGUCACCAGCUGCAAGGAACUGUGCCCUGCGGGUACCUGCCUGCAGGCUGCUGACAGUGGGUGCCAGGUCGGCCUUUGGCCCCAGGGUGGGGUUGGACGGGCGGGGCGUCUGGUAGGCCCUAGGAGUAGGCGAAGGGAGCCAGGCAGGAAGCCCGGGACCUGCCUCACCUCCUGGCCGGGGCCGGGAGGUCGGUUUGCCCCAUCCCUUAGUCCUACCGCGUCCCUGUAGCCGCGCCCCUGACAGUUGGCGAAGCUACCCCCCCAGGGGGCGGGGUUCGAGCUGGGGGCAGGGCUUGAGGCAGGGGAGGGUCGGGCCCAGAUUGACAACUUGCACGGAUUCCUUAGACUCCUUGACUUCCCAGGACCCCGGGCUAGCAGAUCUGCUGUCCAGCUGGAAUCCACCGAUGGAGGCUCCGCUGCAAACAGGAAUGGUGCUGGGCGUGAUGAUCGGGGCCGGAGUGGCCGUCGUGGUCACGGCCGUGCUCAUCCUCCUGGUGGUGAGGAGGCUGCGAGUGCCGAAAACCCCAGCCCCGGAUGGCCCCCGGUAUCGGUUCCGGAAGAGGGACAAAGUGCUGUUCUAUGGCCGGAAGAUUAUGCGGAAGGUGUCACAGUCCACUUCCUCCCUCGUGGAUACCUCUGUCUCCACCACUUCCCGGCCACGCAUGAAGAAGAAACUGAAGAUGCUCAACAUCGCCAAGAAGAUUCUGCGCAUCCAGAAAGAGACACCCACGCUGCAGCGGAAGGAACCCCCACCCGCAGUUCUGGAGGCCGACCUGACCGAGGGUGACCUGGCUAACUCCCAUCUGCCCUCUGAAGUGCUUUAUAUGCUCAAGAAUGUCCGGGUGCUGGGCCACUUCGAGAAGCCACUCUUCCUGGAGCUUUGCCGCCACAUGGUCUUCCAGCGGCUGGGCCAGGGUGACUAUGUCUUCCGGCCAGGCCAGCCGGACGCCAGCAUCUACGUGGUGCAGGACGGGCUACUGGAACUCUGUCUGCCAGGGCCUGAUGGGAAGGAGUGUGUGGUGAAGGAAGUGGUUCCCGGGGACAGCGUCAACAGCCUUCUCAGCAUCCUGGAUGUCAUCACCGGUCACCAGCAUCCCCAGCGGACCGUGUCUGCCCGGGCGGCCCGGGACUCCACGGUACUGCGCCUGCCGGUGGAGGCGUUCUCUGCUGUCUUCACCAAGUACCCUGAGAGCUUGGUGCGGGUUGUGCAGAUCAUCAUGGUGCGGCUGCAGCGAGUCACCUUCCUGGCGCUGCACAACUACCUGGGUCUGACCAAUGAGCUCUUCAGCCACGAGAUCCAGCCCCUGCGCCUGUUCCCCAGCCCAGGCCUCCCAACGCGCACCAGCCCUGUGCGGGGCUCCAAGCGGAUGGUCAGCACCUCAGCUACAGACGAGCCCAGGGAGACCCCUGGCCGGCCACCUGACCCCACCGGGGCUCCGCUGCCUGGACCUACAGGGGACCCUGUGAAGCCCACAUCCCUGGAAACCCCCUCGGCCCCUCUGCUGAGCCGCUGCAUCUCCAUGCCAGGGGACAUCUCAGGCUUGCAGGGCGGUCCCCGCUCUGACUUCGACAUGGCCUAUGAGCGUGGCCGGAUCUCCGUGUCCCUGCAGGAAGAGGCCUCUGGGGCAUGUCAGGCAGCCCCCGCUAGGACCCCCACUCAGGAGCCGCGUGAGCAGCCGGCAGGUGCCUGCGAAUACAGCUACUGUGAGGAUGAAUCAGCCACCGGUGGCUGCCCCUUCGGGCCCUACCAGGGCCGCCAGACCAGCAGCAUCUUCGAGGCUGCAAAGCGGGAGCUGGCCAAGCUGAUGCGGAUCGAGGACCCCUCCCUCCUGAACAGCCGAGUCUUGCUGCACCACGCCAAAGCCGGCACUAUCAUUGCCCGCCAGGGCGACCAGGACGUGAGCCUGCACUUCGUGCUCUGGGGCUGCCUGCACGUGUACCAGCGCAUGAUCGACAAGGCAGAAGACGUAUGCUUGUUCGUGGCGCAGCCCGGGGAGCUGGUGGGGCAGCUGGCGGUGCUCACUGGAGAACCUCUCAUCUUCACACUGCGAGCCCAGCGCGACUGCACUUUCCUGCGGAUCUCCAAGUCCGACUUCUACGAAAUCAUGCGCGCACAGCCCAGUGUGGUGCUGAGCGCGGCGCACACAGUGGCAGCCAGGAUGUCGCCCUUCGUGCGCCAGAUGGACUUCGCCAUUGACUGGACGGCGGUGGAGGCAGGACGUGCGCUGUACAGGCAGGGGGACCGCUCCGACUGUACCUACAUCGUGCUCAACGGGCGGCUGCGUAGCGUGAUCCAGCGAGGCAGUGGCAAGAAGGAGCUGGUGGGCGAGUAUGGCCGUGGUGACCUCAUCGGCGUGGUGGAGGCGUUGACCCGGCAGCCGCGAGCCACGACAGUGCAUGCGGUGCGCGACACGGAGCUAGCCAAGCUCCCCGAGGGCACCUUGGGUCACAUUAAACGUCGGUACCCGCAGGUCGUGACCCGCCUUAUCCACCUGCUGAGCCAGAAAAUUCUAGGGAAUUUGCAGCAGCUGCAAGGACCCUUCCCAGCAGGCUCUGGGCUGGGUGUCCCCCCGCACUCGGAACUCACCAACCCAGCCAGCAACCUGGCAACAGUGGCAGUCCUGCCUGUGUGUGCUGAGGUGCCCAUGGUGGCCUUCACACUGGAGCUACAGCAUGCCCUGCAGGCCAUUGGUCCCACGCUACUCCUUAACAGUGAUAUCAUCCGGGCACGCCUGGGGGCCUCCGCGCUGGAUAGCAUCCAAGAGUUCCGGCUGUCAGGGUGGUUGGCCCAGCAGGAGGACGCACACCGCAUCGUACUCUACCAGACGGACGCCUCACUGACGCCCUGGACCGUGCGCUGCCUGCGCCAGGCCGACUGCAUCCUCAUCGUGGGCCUGGGGGACCAGGAGCCCACCCUCGGCCAGCUAGAGCAGAUGCUGGAGAACACAGCCGUGCGUGCUCUCAAGCAGCUCGUCCUGCUGCACCGAGAGGAGGGCGCGGGCCCCACGCGCACCGUGGAGUGGCUCAAUAUGCGUAGCUGGUGCUCCGGGCACCUGCACCUGCGCUGUCCACGCCGCCUCUUCUCGCGCCGCAGCCCCGCCAAGCUGCAUGAGCUCUACGAGAAGGUUUUCUCCAGGCGGGCGGACCGGCACAGUGACUUCUCCCGCUUGGCGAGGGUGCUCACAGGGAACACCAUUGCCCUCGUGCUGGGCGGGGGCGGGGCCAGGGGCUGUUCACACAUUGGGGUGCUGAAGGCAUUAGAGGAGGCGGGAGUUCCUGUGGACCUGGUGGGCGGCACGUCCAUUGGCUCUUUCAUCGGGGCCCUGUACGCGGAGGAGCGCAGCGCCAGCCGCACGAAGCAGCGGGCCCGGGAGUGGGCCAAGAGCAUGACUUCAGUGCUGGAACCAGUGUUGGAUCUCACGUAUCCAGUCACCUCCAUGUUCACUGGCUCUGCCUUUAACCGCAGCAUCCACCGGGUCUUCCAGGAUAAGCAGAUUGAGGACUUGUGGCUACCUUAUUUCAACGUGACCACAGAUAUCACUGCCUCAGCCAUGCGAGUCCACAAAGAUGGCUCCCUGUGGCGGUAUGUGCGCGCCAGCAUGACGCUGUCGGGCUACCUGCCCCCGCUGUGCGACCCCAAGGACGGGCACCUGCUCAUGGAUGGCGGCUACAUCAACAACCUGCCAGCGGACAUCGCCCGCAGCAUGGGUGCCAAAACGGUCAUCGCCAUCGAUGUGGGGAGCCAGGAUGAGACAGACCUCAGCACCUAUGGGGACAGCCUGUCCGGCUGGUGGCUGCUGUGGAAACGGCUGAACCCCUGGGCGGACAAAGUGAAGGUUCCAGACAUGGCCGAGAUCCAGUCCCGCCUGGCCUACGUGUCCUGCGUGCGACAGCUGGAGGUGGUCAAGUCUAGCUCCUACUGCGAGUACCUGCGCCCGCCCAUUGACUGCUUCAAGACCAUGGACUUCGGGAAGUUCGACCAGAUCUAUGAUGUGGGCUACCAGUACGGGAAGGCGGUGUUUGGAGGCUGGAGCCGUGGCAACGUCAUUGAGAAAAUGCUCACAGACCGGCGGUCUGCAGACCUCAAUGAGAGCCGUCGUGCAGACGUGCUUGCUUUCCCAAGCUCUGGUUUCACCGACUUGGCAGAGAUUGUGUCCCGGAUUGAGCCCCCCACGAGCUACGUCUCUGAUGGCUGUGCUGAUGGAGAGGAGUCAGAUUGCCUGACAGAGUACGAGGAGGAUGCCGGACCUGACUGCUCAAGGGAUGAAGGCGGGUCGCCUGAAGGCGCAAGCCCCAGCACUGCCUCUGAGAUGGAGGAGGAGAAGUCGAUUCUCCGGCACCGGCGCUGUCUGCCCCAGGAGCCACCCGGCUCAGCCACAGAUGCCUGAGGACCUCACCAGGGGUCACCCCUUUAUCCCCACCCCUGGACUGGGCUGGGGAUGGCCCUGUGGGGGUACUCAUUCCCCCUCCUGCUGCUAUGCCUGUGACCCCCGGGGCCCACACACUGGAAUGACCAGCCCCAAGGGGGCACAGUGCUGCACUGAUGACUUGACCAGUCCCCUCCCCUAAUAAACUCACCUAUUGGAAA